AUGUACGAAGGGGGCGGAGGGCACCCAACAUGGCCACUCCCCAACCGUAUUCAGCCACGGAAGCGAAAGUUUCAGCGUGUGGCUUAUCCAGAAUUGCCGAACAACACUGCCAUUCGUGCACUGGUAGUGACAGCUUGCCUUCACGCACUUGACGUCAAGGACAGCAGCCCAUCUGCCACGGAGACGGUAGUGAGGGAGAUGCUCAGCAAGAAGCACGCUGACUUCACUGGGCCGUAUGCCAGCAGGGAACAGAGGGCAGCAGCACCAUUUCUUCCAACGUCCUUCAAGCAAGCACUUACCCAGCUUCAAGAUGUGGGUGGUUGUCGAUGGCCAAGGCUCAUUCGGUACGACAUGUGCCCCUGUGGGUUCAUUUACCGUGGGCCCGAGUAUCGGGGGGCUGAUCAUUGCGGGGGCAUGGUACCUGGCCCGCGGGCAGGCGAGUGGAUUGCCUGUCCAAAGAUGCGCUCGGAGGCAAGAUAUCUGACCUAUAACCCAAUUGGCGGGUUCUGCGGGCGUGUCUUCAGCAACAAGCAGCUCGCGGAGGAGUUCUCCAGCUGGCAGAGCCCAGAUCGGAUGAGGCGCAAAGGGCAGCUGAGGGACAUUUGUGAUGCAGCUGUAGUCCAGGAACUGCUGGCCUCGGACCCCCGUUUCCGUGAUCCCCGCUGCCUCGUCACAAUGAUUGCCUCCGACGCGUUUGUGGAGCCACCAGCUGUCAAGGCUGCACUUGCUGCGAAUGCUGGGGUGCACCAUGGUGAUGGCGGGGGGCCCAGCCAUGGCACUGAUGAUUUUGCAGGGGAUGUCAGUGAGGAGGAGGUGGAAGCGGAUGAAGAGCCAGCCAGUGGGCGUGGCCGCCAGCAUGCACGCGAGCUUGAGGAAGAGCUACCUGGUGGACGACGCAGCCGUGGCAGGGGCCGCACUGGGCGAGACGGGGGCCGGGGGUCCCGUGGGGCCGUUACUGCAAACACCCGUGGUGCAGGCAUUGCACGGCGGGGAAGGCGGGGGAGGAGCCCAGUGAAUGCCGUCAGGGGUAAUGCAGUGGGCCAGCCAGGAGUCAUUGCAGGGGAUGUCAGUGAGGAGGAGGUGGAAGCGGAUGAAGAGCCAGCCAGUGGGCGUGGCCGCCAGCAUGCACGCGAGCUUGAGGAAGAGCUACCUGGUGGACGACGCAGCCGUGGCAGGGGCCGCACUGGGCGAGAUGGGGGCCGGGGGUCCCGUGGGGCUGUUACUGCAAACACCCGUGGUGCAGGCGUUGCAUGGCGGGGAAGGCGGGGGAGGAGCCCAGUGAAUGCCGUCAGGGGUAAUGCAGUGGGCCAGCCAGGAGCUGCAAAGCUCCUUGUCCCUGGGCGUCCAGAGCUCGUGGGCCUUGCCUGCCCCAUUUACAUCCUGCGGUAUUUCAACCCCUGCUCGAUGAUCAACAUGGAUGGCAUGCAUACUCUCGGCGGGGUCAUCAAGGAGGUCAUGGUCAAGGGUGUGCAGGGCCUCCGCAUUGCCAAGGCAAGCACCCGUCUGAGGCAAGCAGUGGCUGACUACAAUCAGAACAAGGGCCCAAACCCUGGCCGUGCUGAUGGUGCCCAGCUGGCCAGGAUCAGGGCCGCAUUGCAGGAAGUCGUACGGGUGACACCAGCGGCUCUCACGUCUAGACUCCAGCGCCUUACCGGUGCAGGGAAGGCCGCCAAGACGCAUACUUACUUUCUGCUCGCCGGUCCCAUCGGCUCGUACGUCAUCACAUCUGCACGAUUUCCUGAGCCUGUACAGGAGGCAUACCUGCGGCUCCUUCAGGCAUGUGGCGACUUGUGGCAGAAGCGGGGCAACACGCGCAUGACGCAUAAACCUAUCCAAAGAACUUCGAACGACUCUCAGACUCUCAUGUGGCGACAUCUAUAGAGGUAGCUACCUCCUGAACCCGGGAAAAUCCCUGCAGGUUAAGCUGACUAGUUUCCCCCUACACCAAGCACUAUCCCUUCUGAGCUCUCAAGGCCACACUACUGGGCUAAAAGACUCGACCGAACCAACCCCGUCCCGGCCCGCCGGCUGUCCAGUCGCCCCUCAGCGGCCGUUUGCCACAAGCCUGCAGCUGGCAGAGCCUGGCGCGGAGGUGUCUGCGAUUGACCGGCGAAGAAGGGAAAGGGAAACUUGUCAAUCCACGAUUGAUUUCUUUUCAGGACUAGCCAGAGACACAAUGGAUUUCAAGCUAAAUUGCGUUCCCCAAUCCACUUCGAACU